AUGGAUCAAGAAGGGCAGUCCAGGGAAGACGAAUUCGUCUUUCACUCGAAGUACACGCCAAGGGGCUCGGAACCGGUGAAGUACUACGUUUGCCUGGCCUGCAGAUCAAGGAAAGAAGAUGAGAACCUCACCGGAGCGGAGCUUCCUCGUUUGAAAAUCACGGCCGAGGGAAGAGUAUUUCCGAUGAGGCAGCAUGCCGUACACAUUUGUCGGGAAUCAAGCCCUGAAAUGCUUGUUGCGAAACAUUUCGAACGAAAGCGGAGGCUCGACAUCGACGCAGGCCACGAGCGCCGACCAAGAGAGGUGUAUGAAAACAUGCUGGCUGACCUCUCACGAGAGAUGCAGCAUUCUUCGCGGCAGGAAAGGCUAGCUGUGGAAAGGCACAUACAGCCAUAUCAAUGUGUCAGAGCAGCAUACUACAGGAGGCUCAACAAGAGGUACCCAACACUGAUGGGCAUAGGGGAGCCGUCUGAUGCGUGGCAACAGCUCUCCCUGACGUGGGAGGCGCGACACUCGUCCGACAUGGAGGACACCAUGGUUCUCUACCAGAAGACACAGCCGCCUACGGUCGUGCUUGCAUCAGCCCUGGAUCUCGAGAUCCUUCACCAGUCACGCCACUGGGUGUGCGACGGUACAUUUCAGUACUGUCCUUCUGGGUUUGCCCAGUUGUACAGCAUUCAUGGGUUUCUUCAUGGAGAGGCAGUCCCACUUGUUGUGGCACUGUUGCCAUCAAGAUCUGCAGCAACGUAUGCUGAACUUUUCAACGUGACCAAGGAUGCCCUGACCUCGAGGUUUGGGACAGUUGGGGCCCUCGAGUGUGGCCACUUUGACUUCGAAACUGGAGCAAUUGGACGCUUUGAGGCCGUCUUCCGUGUUCAGGCUAAGGGUUGCCUGUUCCAUUUCAUCCAGUGCAUCACCAGAAAGGUUGGAGAACUGGGACUACAGACUUUAUACAGGGAUGAAGAGAACCCAGCACUCAAGCAAUGGGUGCGUAAGGUAGUUGGCCUCGCCCUACUGCCACCGGAGCUGGUGCUGGUGCACUGGAACGACUGCCUCAAGCACCAGAGUCCAGUGACAAAUGUCCCGAGCUUGGAUGCUGGCAUUGGCCAGCUCAAGGGCUACUUUGAGAACCAGUGGCUCUCCAGCAGAGGCCAAAUCUUGCUGUGGAACUACUAUGCGGACACGGAUAACUUGAGGACGACCAACCAUGCAGAGGGCUGGCACAACUCUCUCAGGGCUAAACUACGGUGUCAACCAGGGAUGGCACUAGGGAAGUUCAUGGCAGACUACCAAAGGGUCAUACACCACAGCACCCAGGUGCGCAUUCGGCAGCUCCAGCAAGGACACCCUGCAACCAGAACCCGGGCCAACUAUGAAGCAAACAAUGUUGCCAUUGCUGAGCUGAAGAGGGGACUGGAAGAAUACUGGAGGACAUUUGUGCACAUUCCUGUGGAGCCACCUUUCCAGAAUGCCAACGAGCAGUUUGCUCACAGAAUCAACGAGUACCUGAGCAGUGUGGCACGACGACUGGGAGUAAACGCGUGAAACCGGUACAAAUGGGGCCCUGUGUUUUAGGGUAAAACCUGUUUCCCCUGGCCCAACCCCAAUUUGCAUCAUCAUCACUUAGGGCAAAACGUAAAAAUGAACUUUGCAAUGUGCCAAUUGAGCCACCGAUACAGGCACUUAAGAACACUAAGCAUUGGACUUUCAGCACAGCAAUUCUGCAUCUUAUGUCAAUCUAAAAUGUGUGAAGCUCUCUUUUUUUUUAUUUCCCACUGGAAA